UUCCAUGACACUGUUUACAAAUGUCAACAACGGGCACAUUGUUGUGAUGCGGUGUAUGCCGUUAAAUUACAUGUAAUUAUAAAACACUUAAAAAUAUCAUUUUUCCUUUUUAUUUUUACACUUGUGAAGUACGAGAAAUAAAUCAGUACCAUGCAUUUUAUAUGGAGCUGAGAAUUUAAAUUUUCUUAAUGUCAAGUUUGGACACGAGAUUUGUGCACGUUUACUAUGCCGAAAAAGCCCCUGAGAUACAAUUCUGAUGACUACGAGUCAGAUCCAGAUAUUCACACUGUCACAACACUUGUUUCAAGAAACGCAGCCCCUAUAAAGACCAAAAAGAAAGAAGGUAACAAUAAAAAGAAGAAAGAGAAAAACAAGAAAAAUAGUAAAGUUACACCACGCAACAGAGCUCACAGUGCUCCUCCUACGAGGAGUGGAAAAACAGGUCAUGACCUUUGGAUGACAGCUGUCAAACACAGGGAAACACCGGCUUUAACUUAUCGUCACCCUGAGAGUCCCCGGCACAAAACCACUACAGAAUAUUGGGUUGAUACACUGAGAAGAACAGGGACAGAAAACACAGGGAGUGUAGGAAAACAAACACCUUCACAGGAAAAGCGACAAUCAAAACCUCCAACAGGAAUUGUCCUAAUUAGAAUAUACGAGCAGGUGCUAGAACUCAAAAAGCAAAUCAAAUCACUAAAUCAGGAGAUUUCAAUGCUCAAAGCCAAAGUCCGGCGAACAGAAGAGGAUAACAUUAAGAAGGAGAAAGAAAUAGAAGGUUUCCUAGAUCCAACAAAAAAUGAAGAGAUGCGACGAACCAUAGGGGAAAAGAGACCAGAGUCAGGAGCUGUGAUUCAAAGCUUAAAACAAAAGAUUCUGAAACUAGAAAACCAAAUUAGGGAUAAAGAAGCAAAUUAUGCAAAAUUGCAUGCAGAGCUAAAGACCACAAAAGUUGAGGAAAUGAAAGUGCAGCUAGAAAUGUGCUACCAAGAGAUUGUCCGAUUACAGAAUAUGAAAGACACAGGGAUGAUGGGCACAUCUCAGACCCCCACAAAAGAGAAUAAUGCCAAAGUUCGAGCUUUGAAUGAGACUGUUCUUCGAAUCAAUAAACAGAAUGAAGAGUUACAGAUGGAAAAUAAAGCCCUCAGGGAGGAUCUGAAUAGGGAAAUUGAGGGCAAGGACAAGAAAAUUAUGGGUGACUAUGAAGACAUGAACAAAAAGCAGCUAUUGUCUGUCAUCUAUAAUCUAGAAAAGAAAUUAGAGAAGAGUAAAAAAUCAGGAGACACAGAUUCCCUUUUGUCUUAUGAUGGUCGAACAGACAAGAAGCGCAGGCCUAGUUCAGCUGUAGCUAAUAAGAUAGAACUUGAGGGGACUGUACAGGACCGACUAGAUCAGCUAGACAAACGGGAAACAGAGUUAUUAGAGGAAGUGGAGAAAUACAAAAAACAAGUCAAGAGACUGAAAGAUGAAAAAACAGAAAACAGACAUAAAAUGGAGGAAUAUGAGAAACUGAUUAAGGAACUCCAGGCUGAGUUAGAUUACCUGAAUGACAGACAAGGGAAGGCCACGCCCAGACGAGGAGUCACCCCCCGGGCCAUCACCCCCAGGCAGCAAUCCCCCAGAAACAGUCGACCUCCCAGUGGAAGGAAAUAUUCGGUAGACAGCACCUCAUCAGAGGGACGGAGGCGGAGAAGAGAACAAGAAGAUGAGGAGAAAUUAGAAAGCUUUAUGAAGAAUCGAGCUGCCAAGAAACUACAGAAAGAAUGGAAGACACACAGGAAAGAAAAGAGAGAGCAAGAGGAGUUAAAUGAAUUAGCCAAUAAGCACCGAGAAACGGUAGCGGCUCGUAGAAUUCAGCGAGGAUGGCGGACACAUCAUAGAGAUAUGGAGGACAGAAAUCAAAAAGAGCUAGAAAGUAAAGUAGAACAAAUGAAAAGAAAACAUGCUGCCAGAAUUAUUCAGAAACAAUGGAAAAAUCACAGAACUAAUGCAGAGAAAAAGAGAGAGGUGGAUCAAGAAUUCAAUGAUAAGGUUGAAAAUUUCCGACGUAAUCAUGCAGCUAAGACCAUCCAGAACAGAUGGACAAAUCACAAAUAUAGAAAGCAUGAAGAGGAACUGGAUGAGGCAGCAGAUCUGAUUGGGUCAGCACUAAGAGGACACAAUACACGUAAAUCUCGGAUGAGGUUCAUAAGAGAUUAUGAUGAUUAUGACGAUGAUGACAGCGAAGACUACAGUAACGCUGUGGACCUGAUACAGUCCAGUGUCAAAGGUCAUUACAACAGGAGAUCAAAGCUAAAGACAUACAGGGAUGAUGAUGACAGUGCAUCAGUGAGGAACAUGAUGUCCAGUGGUAGGAGAUCUAGACCCUCCUCAGCAAUGUCUAGUCACUCCAGAACAAGCCAUGGGUCCAGGAGAACUUCUGGAGUCCUCGAACGACCAAACAGCAGGCAUAGCCAGAGGGCCAAUGAAUCUUACGAUGAUGACGAUGACAUUCAGUUUUAAUGACUGUGGAUUUUCCACGUGGAUGAACUUAGUAGAUUCCUUUUAGUCAUUCUUAUCUCAAUGCAUAUAAAUUGGUUGUUAAUGAUAGUGUUAAAAUAUUCUAAAUGGCUCAAAUAUAUGGAAGUCCCACAAUCUGUGAUAAAUGUAAACUCAUAUCAUGUUAUCUAAUUCUAUAGUUGCAAUACUGAUCAAUAAUGUUCAAAUUAUUGAAUGGAUUUAUAUUCUGUAUUUUGUAUGUGUAUAUUUGCAUUUAAAUUUUGUGUUUUAUGGAUAUAGCAUAAAUAAUUAGUUCAUGGAGUAGAUUUUUUUCAAGCUUUUGUUGAAAAGAUUUUUUGAAAUGGACAUUGUAAUAGUGCUAAAUAUUUGUGUUUAAAAGGAUUUAUGUAUUUUUCCAUGUUUAUCCAGAGAUAUUUACUACAUAGGAUUUUCUAUUUAUAGAUCGUAGAUAUCAGUUUUCCAGGGUUAAGGGGAAUUCCUUGAUAGUAAAUUUGUGUAAAUUAACAACAGUUUUAAAACUUGAGAUUUAAUUGAUGAAUAUUGACCAAUCUUGCAUGUGUGUUUUUUUUCUGUUAUUUAAAAAUCUUUUGUCCUAAUGAUAUUUAAAAAAAACAGGAAUGUGCAGAUUAUGUUUUCCUUUUGUUUUUGCAGAAUAUACAUGUACGUGUAUAUACGUAUGUAUGAGUAUUAUGGAUUUAAUUAAUAACAAAAACAAGGGUCAUUUUGAUGAAGUUUCUUUGAAAAAAUUAAUAGCGCAGGAAGAUUAUUGA